CGUUUACUUUCCUUCAGGGCUGGUGGGGGCGCGUGUAAUGCGGAAAGAUCUUCAUAUGCACCCACACAGAGCUUUCACAUGUCAAAUUAAUUCAAGAAGAGGUUGAAGAAUGUUGGGAGUUCGGCAAAUCUGUUUAUCCUUACACCGCAGAAAGCUGCUGAAAUCACAAAGUGCCUUCCCUCAGUUGUCUAGAUUUGGCUGCAGGUACUUCCGGGUAGCAACCUCACUGGAUCACGAGCAACUGAAUCCACAGUGGGCCUCCUUGGCAAAGAAACAGCUUAAAGGGAAGAAUCCAGAGGAGUUAAUAUGGCACACUCCAGAAGGAAUCAGCAUCAAACCAGUAUACUCCCAGCAGGAUACAGAGAACUUUCGAGAUGAGUUACCUGGUGUCAAUCCUUUCACUCGAGGCCCUUACCCCACCAUGUACACCUACAGACCCUGGACGAUCCGCCAGUAUGCAGGCUUCAGCACAGUGGAAGAAAGCAAUAAAUUCUACAGGGACAACAUUAAAGCUGGCCAGCAGGGACUUUCAGUAGCAUUUGAUUUGGCAACUCAUCGUGGCUAUGAUUCAGACAACCCUAGAGUUCUUGGUGACGUUGGUAUGGCAGGUGUGGCCAUUGACAGUGUGGAGGAUACCAAAAUUCUCUUUGAUGGGAUCCCUUUAGAGAAGAUGUCUGUUUCUAUGACAAUGAAUGGCGCUGUUAUUCCUAUCCUAGCCAUGUUCAUUGUAACGGGUGAAGAGCAAGGUGUCCCAGCUGAGAAACUGACAGGAACCAUCCAGAAUGAUAUCUUGAAGGAGUUCAUGGUCCGUAAUACGUACAUUUUUCCCCCAGAGCCAUCCAUGCGCAUCAUAGCUGACAUAUUUGCCUAUACAUCAAAGCACAUGCCAAAGUUCAACUCCAUUUCAAUAAGUGGCUACCACAUACAGGAGGCAGGAGCAGAUGCUGUGCUUGAGCUUGCCUACACCAUCGCCAAUGGACUUGAGUACUGCAGGACUGGAAUCAAGGCUGGCCUAACCAUUGAUGAAUUUGCUCCCCGAUUAUCUUUUUUCUGGGGAAUCGGCAUGAACUUCUAUAUGGAAAUUGCAAAGCUGAGAGCAGCACGGCGCCUUUGGGCCAAUUUAAUCAAGGAAAAGUUUCAGCCUAAAAAUGAGAAAUCCCUUUUGCUGAGAACUCACUGCCAAACAUCAGGCUGGUCACUUACAGAACAGGACCCUUACAACAAUAUUAUCCGCACUGUAAUUGAAGCGAUGGCAGCAGUUUUUGGAGGGACCCAGUCUUUACACACAAACUCUUUUGAUGAGGCUCUUGGCUUACCUACAGUCACCAGUGCCCGCAUUGCCAGAAACACGCAGAUCAUACUUCAGGAAGAAUCUGGAAUCACUAAAGUGGCUGAUCCUUGGGGUGGUUCAUACAUGAUGGAGUCUCUCACUAAUGAUCUCUAUAAUAAAUCCUUGAAGUAUAUAAAAGAGAUUGAAGACGAAAUGGGAGGCAUGGCCAAGGCAGUGGCAGAAGGGAUCCCCAAACUGCGCAUUGAAGAGAGUGCAGCACGAAGACAGGCUCGCAUUGACUCCGGAGCUGAAGUCAUAGUAGGUGUCAACAAGUACCGUCUGGAAAGAGAAGAAAGGGUGGAGGUGCUCUCCAUUGACAACACAGCAGUGCGCAAGAAACAGAUUGAGAAAUUAGAGAAGGUUAGAGCAAGCAGAAACCAAAAAGCAGCAGCAGAUUGCUUGAGCGCCAUUACCAAGUGCGCCGAAACCGGAGAGGGCAACGUGUUGGCUUGUGCAGUGGAUGCGGCUCGAGCAAGGUGCACAGUGGGAGAAAUCACUGAUGCAAUGAAGAAGGUGUUUGGAGAGCACAAAGCCAGUACUCGAAUGGUUAGUGGAGCCUACAUUAAUGAAUUUGGGGAAAGUCAGGAAAUCGCAGAAGCCCAGAGGAGAAUUGGACGAUUUUUUGAACGUGAAGGCCGUAAACCACGUCUGCUCGUAGCCAAAAUGGGACAGGAUGGACAUGACAGAGGCGCCAAAGUUAUUGCAACUGGAUUUGCAGACUUGGGCUUCGAUGUUGAUAUUGGACCUCUUUUUCAGACUCCUGUAGAAGUUGCCCAGCAAGCCGUCGAUGCAGAUGUUCAUUGUGUCGGUGUCAGCACGCUGGCAGCAGGUCACAAGACCUUAGUUCCUGAGCUGGUUAUGGAGCUUGCAAAUCUUAAAAGACCAGACAUCCUUGUCAUCUGUGGCGGUGUUAUCCCACCUCAGGAUUACGACUUCUUGUAUGAAGCUGGUGUUUCCAGUGUUUUUGGACCAGGAACAAGAAUCCCAAAAGCUGCUGUACAGGUCCUUGAUAAGAUAGAGAUGAGUCUUGAGAAAAGACAGCAUGCCAUGUAGAAAGUUUUGGAGAGUUUUGCUUUUGUUGUUGCCAUAGUCACUUCACAAAUUCAAAAUUAUUCAUUUUCUAUUUGGUUUAAAAGGUCUAAGUGGCCUUUCAUACCAACUUCAGCAAAUAACAUAAAAUAAAUUCAAAUGUGUUAGAACUCAGCUUUUUGUAAUGUACAUAAUUCAUGUUUUGAAAUGUCCGAAAUAUGAAACUCUGCACAUUUUUGUGUCUGACGAUCACAUAAAAUUCAAAAACAUUUCAAAAGACCAUAACGAAAUUCCACAUAAUGUGAAACAUAAUAAGUACUGACAACAUUUUUAGUGAAAUUGGAAACCUUUAAUGAUUUUAGGGUGAAGUUUUCCAAAUGAAGCAAAUGUUUCAAAACCAUAAACAAAAUCCUAAAAUGCCAUUUCCAGUCAUUUAAGCAUAACGUCUUGACAACUAAGGGCUUUAGAACUGGCAAUCUCGAGAUUUUUGUCGCGUCUGUGUGUGUGCAGUGCAACAUAUUACUUUGUUAUCAGUACUUCAAUGGUAUGGAUAUUUCCUGCUGUACAUUUAGCUGCACUUGUGGAAUGCUUUGUGAUGAAAGAUGCUAUAUCAAAUAAAUGGAUCUUUUGAUUCAG